AUGACGUCUGACAUCAGGUGGUCAUUGCAUCUCCUCCCUUCUUGCGUGGAUGAGCUGUUGCAACGCGUUGAUCGGGCCCCAGUGCCGGACGACAGCGACAUCCUCCUAGCAAGGCGGGUGCAUACCUCCUACCGCAUCCGCCGGUGCGCCUUCAGUGCGCAAGUGGUUGCUGCGAGAUCUCUGCACGCGCUGUACUGUGUUGAGCGGGCACAUGCACGGAAGGAGAUUGGAAGCUCUCAGACCGCACAAGCUGAACCAGCUCUCAAAAAUGCCGUGGUUCGUUUCCUGGGUAUGGAUCGAGAUGCGCAGAUGCGCGUGCUCGACAAAUUCCAACAUCCUGUGUACAAGUUCACGCCUCCACCCAAGGUGCGCGGUGGACUGCAGCAGCUGGACCAGCAAUGGCCAGCUGAUGCGGCAUUUGAAGCGGGUUCCAGCACAGAGGCGAGUGACUGGGCGGGAUCCUCAGAAAAUGAGCUCGUCUUGUGGGCUCAGAUCACAUUCUCUGAGCUAACAUCGGCUCUGCAUGCGCCCAAUGGGGAGGGUGGAGGGUUUGCAUGGAAACUGUUACCCACUCUCCCAGAACGUCCUGGGCCGCAAGGCCAUCUUCAGUUUCCAUACGAAGAACCGCUAACAUGGAAUGGAACCUCUUGCAUCCUCCCCGCGAGUCUUGAAGAUUGCUCGAGCUGUUGUCAUCCCACCUGUAGCACAACAACUCAACCCUUACUGACGGCCACUCCUGUUUCACUCUCACCCAGGACAACAACGCUUUGA